UUGACUGCAAAAAAGAAACGAAAAAAAAAUUCAUAAAUAUUAUUAUAAAUGUAUUGAAAUGAUCAUAGUCAAAGAUCUCGUCAAAUACGAAUAUAUAAAUAUGCCGAUUUCUCAAUAUUUUUCAACCCGCGCGAAUUAUGUGGGCGCGCAGUGACUGUGGGUGUGAUCUUCUAUCGAGACUUCGAUUCUCAAUAAUAGUUAUUAUCAGUUUAAAGUUCUGACAGUACACGUUAAACCUUUCUCCGGGUAUUCAUCCGUGCGACUAUACUCGUCAUCGUUUCAUUUACAAAACCCAGAUUAACUUGUCAUAAAAAAGAACUUUUUCGUUUCCUACGGCUUUUCAAUGCUUCCGAAAAUGUCGACGAUUUUUUUUGUUUUCGUUUUUUUUUUGACGAUCUGCCAGUUUUCGAGUUGUCGUGAAAAGUACACGAAAAUCACCAGUAAACCAAACAAUAUUGUUUUCAAAUUUCCCGAAGAGGCAACUAGUGAGAGAAAGCUCGAAGAAUGUGCACAGCACCAAGCAUGCAAUAUUGUUCACGAGAGAUUUUGGUUGCCGAGACUAGUUGAAAGGAUCUGUCGAUGCCCCGAUGGGUUCGAAUGCCCGUGGUCCAAAGCAUCGAAAAAUUAUUCCAUGAUGCUCAAUAACAGAUCAGUCAUCAAGUUUUGCGAGUCACCAAAGGACAUGAAGACUUGUUCGCGAAAGGAGACAGCGGCGGUGGUGCAUGGGAGAAUAAAAGAAGACCACAGCGAGAUAAUGCCACGUCGAAUACAAGUUAGUUGUAAAUGUCCGAGAAGUCACUACUGGUGGCUGCAAAAAUAUACGUUCGACGACGACGGUAGCGUCGCUCAGUCAUUUCGAUGUCAAAAGCAAACAAUGUGCGACAGGAAUGAGUUUUGCGGAUACGUGAGGGCUGAUAUUUUUUCAGUGUAUUAUCGCUGCGCGUGUCCUGAGAGACAUUUGUGCAUAACGAAAGAUCGCAAGAGAGAAAACGUUAAUGAAUUUUUGUACAGUGGACCGGCUUAUAAAGCCUACUGCGUGCCAUGGGAUUAGAAGAAACAGUUUUGUAAGGAACAUGGAAAAUACCAAGAUUAAUGCAAUCGCAAAGUUUUACUUUCAGAAUAUUUUACCUGAGACGACUGUUCGCUCAUGGCUCGUAACGAUGGUAAAAGCUCGUCCUUGAAGCGGUCCGGCCAAAGGACUCUCGUCACUAAACCUGCUCGGAGUGCCUCGUUAGCUGUUAAGGUUCGACCGCCCAACAGAAGUUCGCUCGUCUGAACAAAAAGGAGUUCGUUACAGUUAAAGAUUUUAAAAGGAUGCGCUGAUAUUCUAACAUUUGUAUUCAUUAAAUGUUUUAAAAACAUUUUUUCAAGUUGCUUGAAAAAUUAAAACAAUUCGAAGCUA